AUGCUGAGAGGCAAGAGUCGAGCAGCAGUAUCUAUAAUGGCUGAUCAACCACCAUCUUCUAAGUCUCUGUUUACCUCUCCAAAGUUUAGGUUUUUCUCUUCAAAGAUAAAUCCUUUUGACUCCGAUUUCUCACUCGUCAGCCCGACUUCCAUCCUCGAAGCUAACCCAUCAAUCUUCUGCUCCAAGAACCCUAAACCCACUUCGUAUCUCGAGCCAACGAUCCCUAAGCCCCAAAGGUUUCACCCACCAGACGCCUUUGGUCUCGCCGAUCUCGUCAAAAACAGAGACCACUCGAGAAAACCUGUGAACAAGAUGGUCCUCUUCGGGUCCAAGCUCAGAGUACAGAUCCCAUCAGCCGAUUUCGGCACUAAAACCGGCGUGAGGUAUCCUGGUCAUGGACAGGGACAGCUCAGCCCUGCUUGCGUCCAGGCAAAGGUCUUAGCCGUGAGCGAGAUUGACCAGACGGAGGAGGACUACACUCGCGUCAUAUCUCACGGUCCAAACCCGACCAUCACUCAUAUCUUGGACAACUCUGUUUUCGUGGAGGCGACGACGCCUGGCUCUGUUCCUUCACCACCACCACUAGUAGGGACCGUGGAGACCAAGAAAACAGAUCAUUUUCUAAGCCAUUGCUACACGUGCAACAAGAAUCUUGACCACAAACAGGACAUCUAUAUAUACAGAGGAGAGAAAGGGUUUUGUAGCAGCGAGUGCAGGUCCCAGGAGAUGCUUCUUGACCAUUUGGAGGCCUAG